AUGUCCGGCUCAUCUACACCAUCACCAUCCUCCUCUAUUUCCUCCAUCUCCUCCAGCACUUCGCCUCGCACGCCUGCCAAUCUGCACCAAAAUAACAUAGAUCCCGCUGCCAAAUGGCUCGUCCAAAAGUUCGGAGGCACAAGCGUGGGCAAAUUUGCCACCAAGAUCGCCGAGGACAUCGUCUCUGAAUAUUUAGACCAGCAUAAGGUGGCAAUCGUCUGCUCUGCACGCUCUGGCUCAACAAAAACCCUCGGAACUACCAACCUUCUCCUACGUGCUGCUAAAGAGGCCUUGCAGCACACUCACAGCCCAUCUGGCACCCCAGGAAACGUGACACCCGCACUCCACACAUCACAGCAAUCUCCCGUAGACAGUCCGCGGCCUCCGAGCGGGUCAUCGCCUCGCACGGAGCCCUUCUCUCCUGGAGGCCUGAUGAGCAUGUCAACCAUGAGCCUUCCUCCUCCCGCGUUCAAUUCGACCGUCGACAUUAUUCGUUCGGAACACAUCAAUGCGGCGCGAUCGUCGGUCCGCGAUCCGGACCUAUUGAAGGAGUUAGAGGCGGAAAUUGAGCGCGAUUGUGAUGGGUUGCGCUCCUUCCUGGUUGCGACGCAGGUCAUCGACGAAAUCUCUCCUCGCUCAAGAGACAGCAUAAUUGGUUACGGUGAGCGACUGGCAUGCAAGGUCAUGGCGGCCACUUUGCGGGACAGGGGUAUCGAUGCCGAAUUUGUUAGCCUCGAAAACGUCGUUCCACUGUCUGAAGAUGGUGAAACAUAUUCAGACACUGAAACGCUCGGUCAAGACUUCUAUGACCGCGUCGCGGAAGCUGUUAGCGAGCGCAUCAAGCACUGUGGGCCUCGCGUGCCCGUCGUCACUGGCUCUCUGCUACGGCAGGUCGGGCGCGGGUACACGGAUCUGCUCGCUGCUCUGCUUGCUGCAGGAUUGAAUGCAUCGGAGCUGCAAAUAUGGAAGGAAGUAGACGGAAUCUUCACAGCAGACCCGCGGAAAGUGCCCACGGCACGGCUCAUACCCAUCAUCUCACCGGAAGAAGCGGCAGAGCUUACCUACUAUGGCAGCGAGGUCGUGCACCCGUUCACCAUGGAGCAGGUAAUUCGCAAAAAAAUACCCAUCCGGAUCAAAAAUGUCGAGAAUCCACAAGGCGGUGGGACCGUCAUCCACCCGGACCCUGAUAUCGAUGCUAUCCCAUACCCCGACGAUGAUGCCGGCAUCAUCAUUCCUACUACAAACACGUUUAUUCCUAUCUCGGAGCUUGCACGUGUUUCUUCGGAGUCGCCAGAGCGCAAGCUUCCUACGGCGGUUACCAUCAAGGAGCACAUUGUCGUGCUGAACGUGAACUCGAACAGGAAGAGUGUCUCGCACGGCUUCCUUGCUGGGGUCUUCGGCACACUCGAUCGCUAUGGCGUCGUGGUGGAUCUGAUCAGUACCAGCGAGGUUUAUGUCAGCAUGGCCAUCGAGGAUCACCUGGACAAAAAGGUCCUGGACCGAGUCGUGCGCGAGCUGAGGAAGAGCGGCACGGUCACAGUGAGCCGGGACAUGGCGAUUCUCUCGCUAGUGGGUAAGAAAAUGCGGAACAUGGUGGGGAUAGCAGGCCGCAUGUUCACCACGCUGGGCCACGGUAACAUCAAUAUCGAGAUGAUCAGUCAGGGCGCGAACGAGAUCAACAUCUCGUGCGUUAUCGACGCGCGGGAUGCUGUCAAGGCUCUCAAUCUGAUUCACCAGAGCUGUUUACAAAUAACGCCGGAGGGGGCUAGGGGACGAGGUGGGUGA